AUGGCUAAAUCAUAUUUCGGUGCGGUCGAUGAGUACGGGUUUGAGAGGCAUGAGGACUUCGAUUACGGUAGCUACGAGGCUUUUAUGUCGAAUUACUUGAAGGUACUGGCAUCGAGGGCGCAAAAAUGGGCCAUUCUACUUGGCGAUGAUGGAAAGUCGGUCAAACGCACCACAACUGUGAAGAGAUACGUCCGCAAAGGAAUACCUAGUGAGCAUCGACCUUCAGUAUGGAUGGCAAUUUCUCAGGCAGAGAUUAUGAAAGAGCAAUCUCCAGACUUAUAUCAGAAAAUUCUGGAUGGACCGUUUGAAAAGGAACUGGUGGAUCUAGUGAAGACAGACUUGCCUCGGACAUUUCCAGACAAUAUAUACUUCACCAAAGAGGCCAACCAUCAAACACACUUGUUUAAUAUACUCAUAGCUUAUGCACAUAACAACAGAGUGGUUGGCUACUGCCAGGGACUCAAUUAUAUUGCAGGUCUUCUGCUCCUGGCAACAAAGAAUGAAGAGACAUCAUUUUGGCUCUUAAAAGUUCUGGUUGAGAAGAUCUUGCCAGAUUACUACACAAAGACUAUGGACGGCCUCAUUGUGGACAUCGAAGUGUUGUCAGAACUAGUCAAGUCUAAGGUGCCUGAUGUACACCAACAUGUUAUUAAUUUGGGCUUACCAUGGGCAGUGAUAACCACAAAAUGGUUUGUCUGCUUGUUCGCCGAAGUCCUCCCCAUCGAAACGGUACUACGGAUAUGGGACUGUUUAUUUUACGAGGGUUCAAAAAUUCUAUUCAGAGUAUGUCUGACUCUAAUACGGCAGAAUAGACAAAAGAUAAUGUCAUGCAAUGACUUCACAUCCCUGGCGGAGUGCUUCAAGUCCAUUGUAAAGGAUUACAGCGCAUUGCAGUGUCAUGAAUUUAUGGAGAAAAUAUUCACCGUACCUGGCUCUCUAUCGAACUCAACUAUAAUAAAACUGAGAGAGCGGUUCGCGAAGCAGCGCCGUGAGCAGCAGCAGAAGGAGCCGCCGCGAUGA